AUUUUGCACAAUGAAAUAUGUACUAACAUUAAAAAAUCUAUCUUGUUACGAGAUGAUAUAUCUAUAUUCAAUGUUUUUAGUUUUUUCACGAUGGCCGUCUCUUGCGUAUCUCUAAUUAUGAUCGAUUGUUGAUUGUUUUGUAAGUGGUAAUUUGCUGUAUAACUACAAUCUUGUAUUAUCAAUUUAUCAUGCAUUUUCGCUAAUUGCCUAUAUCUAGAUUUACGUAGUGCACGUCACGUUUAUCCUAUAUAUUGGUAACAAUUUUAUUUAUUGAGUCUAGUUUUUCAUUUGGUUUGUUAUUUUUAAGAUCAUAUGGAUCCUAUGAAAUUGUUUCUACAAACAACGGCAAGCAUUGGGUUUCAUUAUUUGGAAUCUUUCUUUGUUUUUCUAAUCUCGAAAGCGUAUUGUCUUGAAACCGGUAUUGUUUUUAAUUCAAGGAUAUAAACGGUUCUACUCACAUAAAUAACGCGGAAGCCAGGGUGAUGUAUUGUUACAGGGGACGUAUAAUGGCAAUCCGUAUGUUUAGACUUUAAUCUAAGUUUUUGUGCACUUCAUUCGUUAGGGUCACAUUGCACUGGCAUAUUUUUGUUUUGACUUUUAUGGGAUAGCGGCGCUUACGUUUUUUUGCCUGUGUCUACUCAGUUUGUGCGUAGAAUUAGUUGAGUACAGGUGGUCUGCACUUCAGUGAUAUAAGGGUUAUACUUACUUAAGUUACUUAAUUUGCUGUUAGGCUUCUUUAUGUUAUAACUUAUAGAAUACUUACAGACUGACCACAUUCAAAUUGAUGUAGCUGAAAAAAAAACAACAACAUUCUGACGCAUUUUAGUUGUGCUGGACUUGGGAAUGAUGUCGAAUCAGUUUGAGGAUUUUCAGUUUCCAGAUGCGUACAGUGGACAGUGUUUUGAAAAUAAUUACAUUUUAUCUGGACAUGGGCAGCAUGAUUGUCCAGAAUUAAGCCACAGACCUUUAAGCCUGGACAGCCCAGGGCCAUUCCGAGUGCCAAAACGUCGCGGAAGACCAGUUGCCAAUAACGCCGCACGGGAAAGGUCACGUGUAAAAACUCUUAGAUCGGCAUUUCUCGAUUUACAACGGACAUUACCAGCAGUACCGCCGGACACUAAACUGUCCAAGUUGGAUGUACUGGUUUUAGCUACAACCUACAUUGCCCACUUGAUGAGCGCCCUUCAAGAAGACGGUGAUGUGUCACAGAUAUUUGCUGCAAACGGCUGCAUGCAUCCUGUUAAGAAAUGGCCGAUGAGGACGCGACUUUAUGCUGGGAUUUUGAGCAGCACAGUUCCUUCUCUCCAAGUACCUGAAAAUGAAUUUAGAUCACCGGAAACGCGCCUUUCUGUACCAUGGGCGCUUGAUUCGUGCCGAUAAAUCUUCUCAGAUACUUGUUCUUAAACCCGUUUUGGUGUGAGACUACCUUGUAUAUAUGUGUUUCGUUCGUAGAAAGUGCCUGUUUAUAUUUAUAUAAGACAUAACUGUAACUUGCGUUUGCAUUCGGCAUGUGAGCGUUUGUACUAUUCUUUCUUGUUUGCAAGCAUGUCAUUACCUUAACUAUCAAAAAUGGAACCGACGAUGUCAGUGGAUUUUUGGUCGAGUUUUGUUUGUUUCUUCCUUAAAUAUACUUUAGCAUAAAAACUAUCAGAUGAUUGUUUUAGAAAAGAAAUAACUGUAUUAUUCUUAAACAUUUUCUGAUGUCACUGGAAUUUUAUUUUUAAUUCGUUGUAACUAGAAUUAAAAAAAAACGUACACGCAUUCUUUUUCCCAAUAAAGCCUGCGGUUUGACCGAUACAUUUUGUUAUUUUGUUAUUUAUCAAUGAGCCUGCUUCCAUUUUGUUCUAUAAACGGUUUUUGUUCAGAAAAGCACCCCUGAAAUCUGCAGAAUAUUAUAUGAGGUUUUCAUAAGCAAUAGGAAUCACAAGAAUAUAAGUAAAAUUAAUCGUUUUCUGAAAUAAGUAAACGGUAUUCAUUUUUUACUAUUUUUUUAUGUUAAGCGUCCGUCGAAAAUUGUUGUGAACAUUGUACAAGUUUCCGGUGUUUAUUGAGCGGCAUGCCUUCAUUUAAAAGUCAUUUUUACAUCAAACAAACCAUUCUAAGUUAAGUCAACGACAAAUGCCAGACAUAACAUAAUUUACUUGAAUCACUAGCUUAUACAGAAGAGUAUAGUCAAUUCUAUCUUUAAAUACGCCAUUGUUAUCGCAAAAAAACGCUAUUUCAGUUUUGGUUUUCUCAUCUUCGGAUACCCACGGGUGCCUUAUUCCGCUACUCGACAUGUCAUCACAUAUUGAGUAGCAUAACAAGGCACGCGUGGCUAUCCGACGACGAUGUCUUCUAAGUUACGUUCGAAUUAACUUUAAAAAUGAACUUAUUCAAAAAAAUUGUUUUAAACUGGUAGUACUUUUAUCCUUAAGUAGAAAAGACAACUUUUAAAAUUUAAAACUAAAUACGUGUCAUUUUUGCCAGUGAGCAAAAAAGCUGAAGAGAGUGUAAAAAAGAAAUAACUGAUGUGCUUUUUUUUCUUGUAAUAAUGUCUGUAAAAAAGAAGAUAUGUUAACCUUAGCUUUGUUUGAAAUAAUUGAAACUGACAGGCAGGUCAACAGCAGACACACAAGGUGGCGGGCACGUUCUCAUUUUUGUUAAUUUACCGUCAACAUGGCAUUAAUGAUAUGCUGUGAACUGCGGCAGGUAAGCUGGUAGGAGGAGUUGCAAGGCAUGAAAACAGAAUAUGUCGUUUGCCGAAUAUGGAGUUAUACAAGUUAAAGCAUAGCAAAAGUUCCUUCUAGGGCACAUCUAUAUAAAUAUUAUAAUGAUCAUCUUGUAAAAUUUUGGUUGCAAUGUCUGUUUUAUACUGCCAAAAAAUGUCAAGUAGGUAUUUACUCUAGUUAUUGUUAAAUCCAACAACACAUUAAAUCUGUUACCACUUUCAAUUGAGUAAAUACGGCAAUAAGACAUUGACCCGGUCAAUCCAUUACGAUUCGAUGCGUGAAUUUGUUGCGCAUAAUUAGAGGGUCGCAAUGGGGUUUGUUUUCACAUAUUAACCAUGCAUUUGAAGGUAACGAUAAUAUUUAGUUGUUUACAUGUAAAUUUGCUGAUAUAUGUCUAUCUGUUUGUACAUAUGUUAUGUUCUUCAAGAAUGGAGGAAAUAAAAGAAUCAAUCAACCA